ACGUCCGCUUUUCCGCCAUAGAAACAGCGUGCCGGCCCAGUCUCGUUGUAACGUCUACAGCUAAUGGAGAGUGGACAACUGCACACACAACAUGGAGGAGACGAAGCACAAGAACGAAGAAGAUACAGUCAUGGCGACGCCGACGCCGAGUAAGAAGAAGAAGUACGCUUGCAAGUUCCAAUAUGUUUGGAAACACGUAUUUGAGUUCAUCCAGGACAGCUCGAAGGGGAAGGGGUAUGCUGUCUGCACAUUUUGUAGGUCAGACUUCUCCAUUGAACACGGUGGCCGAAUGGACAUACUCACUCAUGAACGGUCAGCGAAGCACAAAGCGGCGGCAACGCAGCACCGGUCGCAGCCCAGUAUUAUGACCCAUAAUCCUGGCCUGGGAGGGUUGGCAAGUAUGAUUAUGGGCCACCUCGCUAAAUGGAGACCCGAGGGUGUAACAUAUGCCGAGACAAAGAUGGCUAUGCUGAUAGCUGCAAGCAACAUCCCGUUCUCGUUCGCGGAUGUUUUCAACAAAUCCGUGAAGGAUAUGUUCCCGGAUUCAGAGAUUGCUCGCCAGUACUCAAAUGGCAGAACAAAGGCGACUCAAAUAGUGAAAGGUGCCAUUGCCCCGGAAUUGGACAAGGAAGUGAUCGAACUGUGCCAAAACCAACCCUUUGGUCUGAUGUGUGAUGAAAGCACAAGCAGAAACACGGAUAAAGAGUUUGUGGUAUUGGCCAGGGUUUGCGAUCCGAAAACUCAGGAGGUGGUGACGAAGUUUCUGCACAUGCCAGGGUGCAACAUUGGCACAGCACAGAACCUCUUUGAGUCACUGAACACAGUGCUAAGUGACAGAAAAAUUGACUGGGGAAACGUUGUGGCAUUUAAUAGUGAUAAUGCCAGUGGCAUGAACGGGGAGCACGAUUCUGUUGUCAGCAGAAUCAAAGACAUGCAGCCAUCCCUAAUUGACAUGGAAUGCAUCUGUCAUCUGGUCCAGCUGGCCACAGAAUGUGGCAUUAAGGCUCUACGCCAGCCUAUUGAAGACAUCCUCAGCAGUAUAUAUGCUCACUUUGACAUCAGUGCCAAACGUUGUGAAAUCUUCAAAGAGUUUGUGGAGUUCACAGACUCAGAAACUCUGAAGAUACUCCGAUACUGUGCAACCAGGUGGCUCAGCUUGCUGACUUGCAUAAACCGGGUGCUCAACCAGUGGGAUGCACUGCAGGCAUAUUUUGUCAGUCAUGACGAUGUGGAGAAGCCUUGCAAGGUGAAGAUGCUGGCAAAGCAUUUGACCAGCAAGAAGACAAAGUUCUUCUUCCUCUUCCUCUCCCAGGCUCUGAAACCACUGGCAGAGUUCAAUGUUAUGUUUCAGGCUGAAGGAGUGAUGGUUCAUAGGCUGCACCGGGAGAUGACCAGCCUGGUGAGAAGAAUAAUGGGAAGAUUUCUCCCUGCCAGCCUUAUUGCUGAUGUCCCACUGAAGGACAUCAAGUUCAAGGAUGCCAGCCUACAGUUGCCAGACAGCGAACUCUUUCUUGGAGCAGCUGCACAAAGCCUCUUGGAGGACAACAUGGAUGAACUUUACUCCUCUGUCCCAAUGAUGAUCAAGGCAGUGAGAGACUUUUUUGUAGCUGUGACCACAAACAUGAUGACUGCAUUCCCCCUCGACAACAUCAUCCUCCAAAACCUGACCGUGUUGGACCCAGAGUCACGGCAUCAAUUUUCCCCAAACUCAGUUAUAGAGUUAGGGAAAAGUCUGCCGCAGCUGCGAUUGGACCUGGAUAGCCUCCGGGAAGAAGUAGUGGAGUACCAAGUGCUUGGCAGGGAAGAUCUUCCUCGGGAAGCAAGGAUUGACCGGUUUUGGGCCAUGCUAGGGAGAGAUGGAAGAUUCCAGACUCUGGUGCAUUUGAUGAAGGCACUUUUGUGCGUGCCACACAGCAAUGCAUCAUCAGAGAGGGUGUUCAGCAUGGUUAGAAAGAUAGUGACAGAGAAUAGAACGAGGAUGGACCAUUCAACCCUAAACUCACUCCUUUCCUGCAAAUUAAAUUUCACAGAUGCUGCCCAUACCUAUGCUCCUUCAAUGGCUGUGCUACUGGCUGCAAAGCACUGCACUUUCAAAUACAACAAGGACUAGAGGAGUGUUG